UGGUGGUCCUGAUCUACAGUUGUCGGAAAAAUGCAGUGUCCUGGCUUCCUUCUCAAAAUUAUAGUACUAGAAGUAAAACUUCAACUUCUCGGUCUCGGUUGUAUACAACAAGCUUAAACAUCAAGCGCAACAAGUAGCGAUCUGCCAGAUAAAGCUACGUUCGACGUCAGUGCUCGUGAUCAACAAAAUACUAGUACGACAAAAACAAGUUAGAGACGGUAGACUUUCCUGAGCCCCAGAUUUAGGUCAUCGCUUUUGAAAUAGUGAAAUCCAUGAAGAGGGGGCCUGCGACAUUGUCCAUCGAAUAAACCAUGACACAGCGGGGUUAGGAUUACUUUGGUCGUUUUCCAGUACAUUUCGUACCAGAAUACUAGGUGACAUAUAUUUUCAUCAAAUUUUGUCUACAACUGACUCUGGAGGUGUAUUCUUUCUUGAGGUUUCCUUUUCGCAAGUCAAUAUCAAUUGAGAUUGAUUAAUAUUCAACUACUUACGUACAUAACAAACACACAGCAAAAAAUGGCGAUGAUUCGUCGAUGUUUGCCUCUGUUGUAGCAUGAAGCAACUGGUACAACACUUGACUUCUACAACACACAACGAAGUACAAGGUCCGGUUAAGUUGUGUUGUUGUAGGUUCUUGUUGUAGUACAUGGUUGUAAAAUAAUCGCAUUCGCCGGAGCACGAGCGGACGACCUUCGACGUUAGAAGAUACCGCAAUCACGCCAAAAUGCCACCGAAAGCGACGGCGACCGCCAUGAAGACGGUGAAAGCAGAGCCAGAACGAGCACCCUAUCCGCCAGACUGUUUACAGGGACGAUGGGUAUAUGAUUAUGAUCUUCGCAUAUUAUUAGUGAAAAAGAUCAAGUAAUUGAAGGUGGUUGUGACCGCAUCUUGAUGAAAAAGAUGAUGAUGACCUUGCUUAGGAAAGUUGCUUGUUGACAAACAAUUUUUACGUUGUUGACUUCGUCGUGGUCAUUGGAUCAACAACAAGAAUGAACUAUUUAUUAGUAAACAAGAAGGAGACUCACCCUCAGUAAAAAGAAAACGAGAGACUACUUGAUCAAACUACGUGUCGAAGAUUAGACUUACUUAGUAAAAAAACAUAUCACAAUGAUCAGGUUACGGAUUAUGACGCUCUUGUGAGUGUCACCCAAACAAGCGUGUAUUUUGAUGGUGUCAAGAAUGACAAAUCCGUCACUUGUGGCAAAAACUUACGGCACGUAUAUAAUAUCACUGUUCCAUGUUCGUGUGGACUAUGCUGGCGAGUGGGUCUUCCUUCCCCUUAAAAGUUGUCUUCAACAAGGUAAAGAUUUUAUUUGGUAGGGAGGGAAAUAAGGGACACCCCAAUCCACUCAAUCUCAACCACGGUCGUUAGUGAAAAGCUACCUCUAAAAAGAGGCGUCUUGCGAUGGUGCGGGUGGGAACUCGUGAGAGCAUGCCCUACAACCGAUGCCUUGCUCUGGCGGGAGAAACAGACCAAGAAGCAGGCAGCGGCAGCUGGAGGGUAUUCCUACGUCUUGUGGGAGCCCAUAGUGCCAAACCAACGCACGCCUCUCGUGAUCGAAGGUGGCUUGAUGGCAAGCUGGCGGGCCAGGGAGAAAAAAUCCCGAGCUUACCAUCAAAACCUUGAUGAAGAUACAACAGCGAGGCUACUUGUGGAGGUGGCAGGACCAGACUGUGGAGGUGUUGGAGGUGCAGCAUCAUCUUCAUCCUCUACUUCUACAAGAGGAGUUGAACAGGCGAAGCGUUCAUCAUCGAAGGCAAAUGGAAACAGCAAGCAACUGCCUCAAGAGCAUAUUGAUAAAGUAGAAGAUGAUGACUAUGACCAUGGUCAUGACUUAAAAAAGAGGCGUCGGAGUGGGUCCUCUGCUUCAUCGUCUGCUGCUCAUGAAAGGGGAGAUGGAGCAGCAAGAACUGGUGGUGGUUCGACUGCAUCUUCUCUUGUUGAAGCAUUGCACCAGCAACAUGUCCACCUUCACAGGAGACCUUUCUACGACUAUAUUUCCGGUGGGCUUUUACCAGCUGUUCACCGAGGCCUCCGGUUCCGGUCGGAGACUAAACGCGACUUAGCAGUCAUAGCAGGCCUUCGACAAGCGAAAGAGCUAGCGAAAUCGUGCUCUUCCGCAAGCAGCUCUAGCAGUUCAGAGAACGAGCAACUUCUGGCUCACGAGACCAAACUUCUCGACGCCGUGAUCGCAGACCGGUCUAAAAGAGUGGACGCCGCCGCGGGAGCACAACAAAGUGCUGGCAGCAGUCGUCGGAGUUCAUUUGCAGCAGGUGGAGGUGCCGCGUUUGUCGACGACGAUGGUGAGGGGAAUAGCAGUAGGGGAUCUCCGCGGCCUCUCGACUAUUAUAGUCCGGCGCUCCUUGCAGAUCAUUUUAUAGAAGAUCCAUCACAUCAACCUGGAGGACCUCGUGGUAUUGGCGAAGGUGGUGCUUCAUCGUCUACUUGUUCCAAGAAUCUGAAUCAUGGUACAACAAAUAAUAGGAGCACCACGACCUCAAGCCACAGCACGACCGCAAAUGCAUCGCCAUCAGCAGUGCUUCAUCUAGUCUCCAACAGCAAAACCAUCGCCAGCAAGCCUUCCCAACUACAACACAGUCAACUUCCUCCACGCCUCGUUCCGCGGACAGAGCGACUAGCUCGUGUACUAGAGCGCAUACGGAACGGGCCCAUCGAUCAUCCGUCGUUAUAUAAAGUCGAAAACAUUUUGACGACAGCCCAACGAGCCUCCUCAGCAGCUGCGCAGCCGCGUCUUUUCGGACGUCCUGCAGCUGCAGCACAGAGCAGAGUUAAAAAUUACACUUCAUCUUCUAGAAGUGGGGGUGCUGGAAGUGGUGCUGAAAAUGGUGCGAUUUCAUCUUCUUCUAGUAGAAAUUCUUCUGGAAUACAUGGAAAUGCAAUACUAAAUGGAAAUGGAAAUCAUGAUCUUCAUGAUCCGUUUGAUAUUGAAGAUGAGUUGCUAGUGUGUGCCAGUAAGGGCAUUCACGAUGCCAUAGAUUGUCGACAGUUCACGCCUCGACAACUGCAACAGCUGCAACUCCAGAGCCACGAUCGCCAGUUCCAGAACGCAAGUCACCUCCUCAAACACACUUUUGAGACCGAGGACUUACUUGAAGACGAUUAUGAAAUGUACUAACUAGUUACAGUUGAUAAUUUUUCCAGAAGCAAGCUACCAAAAACAAACAUCUGCUUCCCCAAAAUGAAGAACAUAUUGCUUGUUUGUGAAGAAAACAUCUCGAUCUUCUGCAUCCUAUCCUAUCCUGCUGCUCAUCCUCAUAUACUAAAAGGUUCGUUUUGCGUCAUGCUCACUCGGAUCAAGUGUUAGCGUGUUGCACCUUACAAGUGGAGAAUGAAAAGAGGGUUAUUCUCUUUUUCACCGUGAAGCCCCAGCAUCGAAAAGCUGGCUAUUCAGCGAGGUUUAUCCAGCUUUUAAUGCGUGAAUGCGGAUCGAAAGGAAGGCUCUUCACUGUCGUGCACGUACUACCUUUCGCUUUCAUCUAUGCAGCUAAACCUGAAUAAUUCUUAUUGUCUACUCGAAUGAACCUAGAGGAUCUGGACGUGGAUGAAGUGGAUAUACAGAGUCUGAUCCACUCUACGACCCACAAAAACAAAACAAAAUACUCCAACCGACUUCUUUGGACUUCUAACAAAUACAGACAACUUGUUCACUAACAUCAUCAGCAUCAUACACUCCUCCUCCAGGUCGGCGCCGACAAAAAGGAGGAACCCCUCGCAAACUUUUGGCGGGGUCAGGGGUUCACCAUUGAGAAUGCUGAAGAUGCGCCAGAAACGCCUUUCAAGAACUGCAUUGUCCUGGAGUUAGAUCGAUCCAAAUUCAGACAGCAUGAAAAGAACGCGGCUUCUAGUGAUGAAUGAUCUGGAACAUACGUCUGGCUUCAUUCAAGUCUUUAUAUCUACAUUUAGAUUUAUAUAAUCCUACAACUACAUAAGGAAAAGCCUGACCAUCGUCGUUCUAUAUCAGGAUCAACAGCCGGGAAAAUCCUGACAAUCCAACAACAAGCUAGACGAGCGGGUAGAAUUCGCCAGGGAAAUCUUAGGCAGGUUGCCGAGUAGGUUCGUAUCAUCAAUUCUACAACUACAUGAAGAAGCACAGUUUGUUAAUGUUGUUCCACUUUCUGCCUGUCCACGACCUUCUUCCUUACACGCUUCCUCUUCCCCAUGAUCUUCCCUGUUCCGAUGUCGACAUAUGCAAUACCCCUCCUGCAUCGAGAAGAGAACGACUAACGAAAAACACUCACAUUGUGCUUACCGUUAUACAGGAAGGUGUUUGCGGAACUAUGGGUCGGUCUUUCCUUGAAAUUAUUGGGAAUCCGAAUCAGGAGACACGGAGGUCGCCAACCUCUUUUUCAUGAAUCACAGGGAAAGUAAAGAUUUUCAGAUUCCGUCCUCUCGCAUUUUUGUGGUAUCAUGUAUCAAGAAAAACGAGAACAGCAAGAUUCAAGUAUUUGUCAACCUGAAUGGUUCUGAAAUUCGGUAACCUGAAUUCGAUCCCAAGGAU